CGCCUCUGCGCUCGCGCGCCGCGCCCCGGCCGAUCCCUCUCCGAGGGCGCAUCCUCUGGCCCGCCGCAGUGCUUGAGGCGCCUUUCCCCUUCUCUUCCCCGCGCCUCCGCCAGUCUCCAGCUUGGGCCCUGCACCGCGGCUCGCACUCACCCGCAGCUCCGGUUCCCGUAACGGCCUCUCCCGCCACCCGGCCGCUCCUGCGGAUGCCUCGACCCGCUAGAACUUUCGCCCCACUUCCGCUUCCGGGUCGCCUCAAGAGCCGCCUUAAAAAAAAACCCAAAAUUACAUUGGGCACCUCUAGCCGCGUGAAGUCAUAGAGUUGAGAUUGGGCCGGGGUUGAGGGGGCGGCGCGCCAGCGUGCGUUUAGGAGGCGCUCCUUUCCGGUUGCUUUGCGGGAAGCCGGGCAGCUUUCUGUGGUCUCACUGCUCGGGAAAUAUUUCCGGUCUGAGGGAGCAGAGGCCUGGGAGGAGAAAACUUUAUUUCUCGGCGGCGCGACAUUUGGAACUUAAGGAUUAAACGUGGCCUACUUGGUGGUGGGAAGAAUUAGAGGAGCGGACAAGGAGGGAGGUGUGGCUGGGAGGCUUCCGAGAGAGCGCCGGAAGUAAGGGGUUUCCUCGGGCCGGCGCGUGCUGUCUUCCUCGCCGUCCGGCUUGUAAGAGACUUGAGUCCAAGGGGUCUUCACCGGCGCGACCGCCGGCAAGUCCAUUUUCUGUGCGCUCGUUGACUCAGCUACAAAGCGAGUCGUUGACGAGACGUGUUCAGCGUCCAGCCUGGAGAACGGGGUCGUUCCGCUUCAGGCAUCGCCCGUGGGAUCCGAGGGCCAGAGAAAUAGUCCUUCUGAGACUGCCAUCCAAGAAACUCAGGGAGAGGAGCUGACAGUCUCUGCAUCCCUCACCCCCACCCUGGGACAGGACCCAACAACAUGUCUCAGGCCACCAAGAGGAAGCACGUGGUGAAGGAGGUGCUGGGGGAGCACAUGGUGCCCUCCGACCGGCAGCAGAUCGUCAGGGUGCUCAGGACCCCAGGGAACAAUCUGCAUGAGGUGGAGACAGCCCAGGGGCAGCACUUCCUGGUGAGCAUGCCCUCCAAAUACCGCAAGAACAUCUGGAUCAAGAGAGGGGACUUUCUCAUUGUUGACCCUAUUGAAGAGGGAGAGAAAGUGAAGGCCGAGAUCUCCUUUGUGCUCUGCAGAAAUCAUGUGCGCGCUCUACAGAAGGAAGGGCUCUGGCCACAGGCCUUCUCCGAAGUGGCUGAGAAACACGAUGAUAACAGUAACAGACAGACUCAGCCAGAACUCCCAGCUGAGCCACGGUUGUCAGAAGACAAGUCCAGCUCUGAAGAUGAUUCUGACCUUUUUGUUAACACCAACCGCAGACAGUAUCAUGAGAGUGAGGAGGAGAGCGAAGAGGAGGAGGCAGCCUGAGACCCCGGACCCACUUCUCCUCUGGCUGAGACUCGCCCUUGGAUCCUCUGAGCUUGGACAUUCCCAGGGUGCUUUGCAGAUCUUUCCCCCUGGAUGGGGACAAGGCAGGGCCCCUCUCUGAACUGACCUUCUGACAUGGGAGAAUUAAACCCCUGGUGGGUGGUGACUUAAGCUGGUGUCAGAGUGGCUCUCUGGAGGGAGGAGGGACAUGUGGGUAAAAACGGCCCCUUUGGGAGUUCUCUGAUGGCCUAGCUGGUUAAGAAUCGGACCUCACUUCUGUGGCCCAAAUCACGGCUGUUGGGCGACUUUGAUCCCUGGCCUGGGAACUUCAGCUUGUUGCGGGCAAAGCCGAAAAAACCCAAACUGCUCUUUGGUGGUAACCUCAUGGGCAGGAAUGGCUGGAAUCUUUCCUAGGUUUCCUCCGCUCACUGGGCUCUUAGUAAGUGCCAGGCCUGCAUGUGCUUAAGAACUGGGAGUGUCCCCUUCCCCCAUUGCCUGCUUGCAGUUAAUGGCAGUGUAGGCAUUCAGGAUCACAGUGGGACUUGGUGCCCACCUGCCUCCAAGAGACACUCAGGGAGAGUUUCACAGUGCCUCGCAAGCUGCUUUCCCCGGCUUUCUAGUCACAUGAUGCAGGAGUGCCCACUUCCCUGCUGCUGUGUACGUCUCCUGGUUGGUGGUUUCUUUGGCUACUCCAACCAUCACUGCUCAGUCCCCUUGCAAACCACAUCAUCCCAUUUCUCCUUGGAAGGUUUUUCCCUCUGACUGUACAUUCUCUCUCCUCUUCGCUGGCAUUGACCUUUUAGUCACUGCUCAGACAUAGAGGUUUACCUCCUGGCUUGGAGUCUUCUACCCCUGCCUCUGAUACUGUUUUCUGCAUCCCAUGGGUGGGCUGUUCCACACCAUGGCCCCCUCGUUCCUUGAUCUCCCCGUCACUAGUGCCCUUGUCUUCUAUUCUAGGCCUGUUUCCUGUAUCCCUGGUCACUCCGGACCCCUGACAUUACUAGAAGUUGCAGUGCCAUUUGAAUCGAAACACCAGUGCCGGCGCCACCUCCUGGCUUUCUUGCUUACCCGCUCAGCUACUUCCUCUGCAGAAAUUCUUUUUCGUCCUCCGGCCCUGCAACAUUCUCACCAUCAUUCUCCUGUCUCCCCUCCUUGCGCAGCAUCAUUGCCCUGUGUCUGCACCCUGGACUCCCCCUCUCCCUCCAUUACGCUCAUUCGUAAAGCCUGCCCCUGGUCAGCCCAGUCACACACCUCUGUGCCUGAACCCAAGUAACUGUGAGGGAAGACCGCCGACCUGGCUCACUCGUUGGACCUUAAAUUCAUACUUGCAAACCACAGUGGCUGCUCAGCACUGCCCAGCAGGUCCAGCCUGGGAUGUCUCACUUGAAGACUCUCUUGUUUGCCAGUUCCCCCUCCCCUUCUGGUUACUCACCGCAGCUCUUACUUCGUGAAGAAAUAGUAGCCCUGGGAGGGAGUUACCGCCUCCCCAUUACCAACCCUGCAAAUGUGUCUUCCUGCCGUUUUCCUGCCCGGGCUUGCUCCAGUGGGACUUGGGCUUUCCCUCUUGUGCUUUGGAGCCUGUCCCUUCCUGUUUAAGGACGAAUGUGAGUUUUAGGUUUUGCCAUCCUCUCUACUGCAUGUGUCAGCAUCAAACACGCUGUAGACGCUCCCAUCUGAAAAACAACCAUGAAACCUGUCACUGAUCCCACGUCCUCUGGCUACCACUUCAUUUUCCUGCUUUUACACUUGCUUAGUGUAGUCUUAAAUGUAUACUCUGUGUGUGUGUGUAGGUGUACACACACAUAAUAGAAAUAUAUGAAUAUGCAUCUAAAUGCAAAAAGCUAACCAGGUGAGUUAAAGAUAUGCGUGUGUGAGUAUAUUUUUAACUUGUCUGAAGUUUAUGUAUUAUGGGAGAUGGCUGACUUUUUUUCUUAAAGGGAUAGCCGCUUGUCCCUGUACCAUUUAUUGGAUGGUUCAUUCUCACUGAUUUAAAAUGUCUUUUUAAAAUAAAUUCAGUGCCUGCAUAUUUCUGGA